UUGAUAAACAAACAAAAGGUGUUCAUACGGCCCACGGAAUGCGUUGAGUUAACUUAAUUACUCAUAAUGCCUGACGGGUAUCCAUGGACCUUUGGUGCCCAAAUUCCGUCGCAGGCCUUGACCAAACCACGGAGCCUCGGGACCCAGGGAUUCCAUGUUGGCCCAACGUUAAUGCCCAAUUGGUCGUCAACGAAGCUGGAGAUAUGCGGCGUGUGUGAGGUAUCCGUGAGAGUAUGGAGUAACUCGCCACUCCUCCGUAUGACCACCCUCUUCGACUCGAACAAACCGUGUCAUCAGGUGCUUAACUAGUUAACUAGUUAGUGCCCCACCAACGGCUGCACUGGGGGAAGAAAGACUAUACGGAGUCGUCACCCACGCCACGCGCCCGCGCCCUGAAAUGUAGUGGGCAGAUAGAUUCAAGGCCCAUCUGUCUCAAUUUCUUGCUGGCCUUCGUCGAUAUAUUAUUAUUUGCUGGCUUCUCUUCAACAUGUUUGCGCAAUCCCCAAUUGCCCAAUAUGACGACCAAGCAAACAAGGAUAAUAACAGACUGAUACCGCAUUCCAAGCUUCCAUCACCUAAACUUCGACUUCAUCUUCAAGAUAUCACUCAUAAGUCCGCCAAAAUUUUUCUUGAAUGCAUCCCUGAUCCUUAUGCGGUGCUCAAAUCGGCUCUAUCGAACAUAAUCACCUAUCUCUAUACGAGCCCAAGCGCAGAAACCUCCCAAUCUUCCCGGCCAUGCAAGGUCCAUUUCAAGCCAUGUUUGCCCGGAACCCGGUCAGUCACAGUGAUCAUUCGUGACUUUUCUGGGGUAGCACACACCACUUCCAUCGACCUUGACUCUGAUCACAAAGAAAUAUAUUUUUCCUUGUCGUACAUCGCUCAUGCCGCUACUUUUGAAGACACCAGGCGCGAGCUCGUCGGGGUCUUGACGCACGAGCUUGUGCACUGCUAUCAACACACCUCUCCGCCAGACCACGACACAGCUCCCUACCCACCUUCAGGUCUGAUAGAGGGCAUAGCGGACUUUGUACGCUUGAAGGCUGGUUUGUCCCCGCCUCAUUGGACCCGUCCACUUUGCAGUUCCGAUCUCCCUGGUUCGUGGAAUCAGGGAUACCAGCAUACUGCGUUUUUCUUGGAAUGGAUCGAAGAUGUCAAGGUCGGAUGUGGUGCUAUCGGUAUGUUAAAUGAUAGAUUGUUCAGGACAGGAUAUGUCGGUGAAGGGGAGAAUGCUGGCACAUCCACUACCAAAUCAUUCUGGAAAGGGCUCUUCGGUGUUCCGGUCCUCGAACUCUGGGAAGACUAUGGCCGGUACCUUGACAAUAAAGGGGGGGAAUGUUAA